AUGGGUUUAUUGUUGUAUGAAUUACAAGUAGUGAUGAUGUGCUACUUCUUUCUUCUCUUUCUUUUUGGCCAGCUCUCUAAUAAUUCAGUUAUUGUGAAUUCCCAACAUCAUGAUGUUCAUGAUCAUGUACUUUGUGAUCCUAAACAAAGUUUAGCAUUACUUGAAUUCAAGAAUGCCUUUUCCCAAAUGAACCCAUUUCGAAAAUACCUAUGUAACCAUGGGCAAGCUUAUUUUCGAACUUCCACAUGGAAUAAGAACACAGAUUGCUGCUCGUCAUGGAACGGCGUGGAGUGUGACGACGAAGGAGAUGGCCAUGUUGUUGGUCUUCAUCUUGGCUGCAGUUUUCUCCAAGGAAUUCUCCAUCCCAACAGCACUAUUUUCACCCUCUCCCACCUCAAAACCUUGGAUCUCUCUGGCAAUGAUUUUUCAGGCUCUCCAUUUUCACCUCAAUUUGGAAUGCUUACUAACUUGAGAGUUUUGGAUCUUUCUGGGUCUUCCUUCCAAGGCCAUGUUCCAUUACAAAUAUCUCAUUUGUCUAAAUUAGUUUCUCUUAACCUUUCUGCUAACCAUCUCACUUUUUCAAAUGUGGUUAUGAAUCAACUUGUUCAUAACCUGACCAAUUUGACUAAUUUUAAGCUUGCACUUACAAAUCUUUAUGACAUUAAACCCACUUCUUUCAAUAAUCUCUCUCUCUCUCUAGUGUCUCUUGAUCUUUCUUUAUCUAAGUUGUCUGGAAAUUUUCCAGAUCACAUUCUUAGUUUACCAAAUUUGAACUUUUUGAAACUUUAUAAUAACCCUGAGUUGAGUGGACAUCUGCCCAUGUCUAAUUGGAGUAAAUCUCUUCAGAUUUUGGAUCUUUCUCAAACUAAUUUUUCAGGAGGGAUUCCCAACUCCACUAGUGAAGCCAAGGCUUUGAGUUCCUUACGUCUUAGUAACUGCAAUUUCAAUGGUGAAAUUCCUAAUUUGCAAAGUCAUUCUAAUGCUUUCAUGGGUCAAUUAGUAACCAAUUGUGUUUUCAACAUCUCCCAACAAAUUUCUUCUUCUAAUUAUAAUUCAUUUACAAAUGUUUGUUCAGAUACUAUCCUUCCAAACCUUGUUCAUUUGAGCUUGGAAUUUAACUCGUUUACUGGUGUCAUACCUUCUUGGAUAUAUUCAUUGCCUAACUUAAAUCACCUAGAUCUCUCCAGUAACCAAUUCUCUAGUUUCAUGAGAGAUUUUAGAUCCAACUCAUUAGAGUUUCUUGAUUUAAGUUCUAACAACUUGCAAGGUGAAAUCUCAAAGUCUAUUUAUAGGCAAUUCAAUCUUACAAACUUAAUAUUGGAUUACAAUAAUUUAAGUGGGGUUUUGAAUAUGGACAUGUUGAGAAUCACAAGUCUGCGUGACCUUUCCGUUUCCAAUAAUAGGCAACUUUCAAUACUCUCAACCACCGCUACCUCCUCCAAUCUUACACUCGUCAGUAUGAAAUUCCUCAAUUUAAAAAAAAUUCCCUACUUUUUGAGAAAUCAAAAGAACUUGGAGUUUCUAGAACUUUCCUACAAUCAAAUUAUAAGAAAAAUUCCCAAGUGGUUUUUUGAAUUGGAUGGUUUGAGAGACCUGGAUCUAUCUUAUAAUUUAUUGUCCUCAGGAAUAGAGGUGCUCCUCGCUAUGCCCAAUCUGAAGAGAGUUGGUCUUGAUCACAACUUGUUUAAGCAGCUACCUGUUCCCAUGUUGUUGCCAUCAAUAAUGGAAACAUUCAGUGUUUCAAACAACAAGGUUAGUGGAAAUGUCCAUCCUUCAAUAUGCCAAGCCACCAACCUUACAUACCUUGAUUUGUCUAAUAACAGCUUGAGUGGGUGA